UUUGAGUGGCGGCCAUAUUGCUUCUCCGCGCUGGUUGAAGGAGAGAGGGUAAAAGAUGAAGGGGAUCCGGGGAAUCAGUCAUUUAACAAGACGCUACUAUGCGGCUGCCAGAACGGGCCAGUCCCUUGUCCAGCCCUUAGCUGGCCUCAAGCUCUCUCCUCCUGUGGCUGCGCACUCUUACCAGGAUGUGCAUGUGACCAGACUGCCCAGUGGACUGGUGAUUGCCUCACUUGAGAACUACUCCCCAGCCUCCAAGAUCGGAGUAGUUGUCAGGGCCGGCUGUCGCUAUGAGACUCCAGAGAACCAGGGGGUCACUCAUCUCCUCCGACUCGCUUCCAACCUGACAACCAAAGGAGCUUCAGCGUUUAAGAUAUGCCGUGGUGUCGAGGCAGUGGGAGGCAGCCUGAGCGCGACUUCAACCAGAGAGGAUAUGACGUACACCGUCGACUGCUUGAGAGAUGACGUUGACACAGUGAUGGAGUAUUUGAUCAACGUUACGACCGCCCCAGAGUUCCGUCCAUGGGAGGUGUCAGACCUCACGCCCAGAGUGAAGCUUGACAAAGCCAUCGCUGCCCAUAACACUCAGAUAGUUGUGCUUGAAGCUCUGCAUGAAGCGGCCUACAAGAAUGCCCUGUGCAACUCUCUGUACUGUCCAGACCACAUGGUUGGCAAGAUCCAGUCUGAACAUCUGCACCAGUUUGUCCAGAACAACUUCACAAGUGCACGUAUGGCUCUCGUAGGACUCGGUGUUGACCAUGCUGUGCUGAAGCAAGUUGGAGAGCAGUUCCUCAACAUCCGCAGUGGAGCAGGAACCACAGGAGCCACAGCUCAGUAUCGUGGAGGUGAGGCCCGUCUGGCCAGCACCGGCAGCAGCCUGCUCCACUCAGCUGUGGUGAGCCAGUCAGCAGCAGUGGGCAGCAGCGAGGCUCUGGCCUUCAGUGUCCUGCAGCACGUCCUGGGAGCUGGUCCACAUGUCAAGAGAGGCUCCAGCACCACCAACAAAUUGGUCCAGGGGGUUUCCAAGGCAACCACUGAUCCAUUUGAUGUCAGUGCUUUCAACACGAGCUACUCUGACUCUGGUCUGUUUGGCAUUUACACCAUUUCCCAGGCUGCAGCUGUUGGUGAUGUGCUAAAGGCCGCUCUUGCUGAGGUGAAAGCUGUCGCUGAUGGUGGAGUCACAGCUGCUGACCUCACUCGAGCCAAGGCCCAGCUGAAGGGACAGUUGCUGAUGUCUCUGGAGACCCCAGAGGCUUUGCUGGAGGCCAUGGCCGCUCAGGCACUGACUGCUGGUUCCUACACGUCACCAGAGGAAAUCACCAAAAACAUCGACAAUGUCUCCCUGACUGAUGUUGCUAACGCUGCCAGCAAAUUUGUGUCCGGCAAGAAGACCAUGGCGUCCUGCGGCAACCUCGUGAAGACGCCUUUUGUGGACGAGAUCUGAAGCUCCUCCCAAUUAUUCUAACUUAAAAAUGGCAAAGCAGAUUUUGUCCCUUCUGACAUUUUUGUCAAAAAGACACCAGAGAUCAUCAUCAUCACCUUUUAUCCUUUACUUCUGUUCUAAACAAAACAAAGUCAUGACACCACUGUGUCUUUAUCUGUGUUGUAACAGUGAUGCUCCCUCCUGAGACGUCACAUCAUGACAUUGUGUUCCACUCAUGUGACCACAUUUACUGUAUAGCUGAUGUAAAAUAAUGAUAAUAAAAUCUAUCAAACUUA